ACGGCGCCUGGUAGACGCUAGUGGUGGACGGGGGAAGCUGAGAGUCAGUCAGUAUGUCUUCGGACGGUGUGCGUGGCGGAGCUCUCGCUACGAGCUGGCCCAGUCACGGACGUCAUGCCUCGGGUCGGGGGUGACACUGGGACACAGAACCACGAAUUUACACGUGACACUUGUCAAUGCUCAGACAUUUAGAUACUUUGAUGGUUAUAAUAGAGUGUGGCGAUGAUAGAAUAUCUAGAAAGUAUUUAGAAAUAAUAGCAAAAAAGGAUACAAAUUUGUACUAUUUACCAUGAGCGCUCCAUGGUGGGCUUCUCCAAUCAGUGACUCGUAUGUACAUAGUGCACCUGUUACUAAGAUCAUUUAUACCGUUGAGUGACAUUAUUAUUGCUAAAGUUUAGUGUCGUGCCUUCCAGGACACCUUAUAAUACCACCAUGAUGUUAGGACUAAAGGAUCUGAUCCUCUGCCUGUUGCAGUUGGUCCUCUUCCUUCCUGGUCUUCGCGCCAGCUGGGAUGAAUGGUGGACCUAUGACGGUAUAUCAGGUCCAGAGUUUUGGGGUCUCAUUAACCCCAACUGGAAUAUGUGUGAGAGAGGUCGUCGGCAGUCGCCCAUCAACAUAGAGCCGGACAAACUAGUGUAUGACCCUCACUUGAGACACAUACACAUCGACAAGCACAAGAUCUCCGGCACGCUGCACAACACGGGGCAGAGCGUGAUCUUCAAGGUGGAGAAGGGCACGAAGCACCACGUCAACAUCACUGGUGGUCCCCUCGUCUACAAGUACCGCUUCGAGGACCUGUACAUCCACUUUGGUGAAGCCAAUGACCAGGGCUCCGAGCACCAGAUUAAUGGUGCACCCUUUCACAGGGGGUGUAUCCAGUUGUAUGGGUAUAAUGCGGACCUUUACCGCAACAUGAGUGAGGCUCGGCUCGGCUCCAAUGGCAUCGUUGGCCUCUCCAUCAUGAUACAGGUUGGAGAGAACGGCAACGAUGACGUGGGGAUCCUGGCGUCCGGGUUUCAGAAGGUCAUCUACAGAGGUCAGAAGUGGCCCAUUAAGCACCUCUCCCUGGCCGGCCUCCUACCCACCACCCACCACUACAUGACCUACGACGGAUCAACCACCCACCCUGGCUGCUGGGAGACUACUACCUGGCUGAUCAUGAACAAGCCUGUAUAUAUCACCAAGCAGCAGCUUUACGCCCUACGGCUACUGAUGCAGGGUGACCAGGCUACACCCAAGGCGAAGAUGGCGAACAACUUCCGUCCUGCGAAGCCUCUGCACCACCGCACCGUCAGAACCAACAUCGACUUCACCAACGCCCACAGGAGCAAGGGCUGUCCUACCAUGCAUAGGGAGAUGUUCUACGCAGCGCGUCAGUGGCCCAAGCUAUAGCCGUACUCCUUCCUGUAGUGAUCUUCACAAGACAAGCGAGACACCACCAUCACGCCCCUCCCCCCCUGGACCACGCCGGGCCACCCUCUUUUAGGGCGAGGGACAGAAACACGGAGGAGACUGCGGCAGGAAGGAGACUGGGUAACGUGGGGGAGAAAGACAGAUAAAAUGAAAAAUUGAAUCGAGAAGAAAACACUGGAAUAUCCGAACGGGUUGAGAACGCGAGGACAAUAAUGUUUUAACUGGCGGUAAAGCUUUGCUUCAACAGUAACCACGGCCGUUAAACAUUAGGAAUAUUUUAAUUAAGAAAAGCUUGAGGUGGUUUACUUAUAUACUUAGCCAUAAUGAUGAUAAAUUAUGAUAAUCGUAUUGUAGGUAUUAAUUUGGACGCCCUGGUAUUGAUUAUAACGUAUAUCUGUACUGUGAUGCAAUAUGACAUUAUACAUAAAAAUGGAAUAUAAGAGGAGAGGCAAUUAUUAUUAUUAAUGAAAGUGUUAUACUGUUAGUAAAGGAUAAGAAAUACACACUACAGAUCAGAGCUGCCACACCGAAAGGAUUAAAUCAGUUGAUCAAGAAAUAUUCAAAUUCUGGUAAGAUGAAUCUUUAUUCACACCAUCAGACUCAAAGAUUCUUUGAAAAAAAAACA